AGCCGCGGGCUCCGGGCUUCGGGCUCCGGGCUGCGGGCUGCGGGCUUCCGGCCCCGCCAGGUGAUGUGGCCUGCGGCCAUUUGCCGAGGGAAUGGACGGGAUUCUGCCCAGCCUCGUGCGUGAAGAUGCUGAGCCCGUGAAGAGCCAAGUCCAGGGCCUGCUGCACAUCGCGGACGCGCUGCUGAACCGGGAGCGCCGCAGGGCCAACUUCAGAGCCCGGGUGCGGGCGAAGCGGAGGUCGCCAGGCCGCGGCCCAUCAAAUCCUCCGGAGGUGCUUGCUGCUGAAAGCCGGCCCACCGAGGAAGCGCCCGAGAGCGGAGAUGAUGAGAACGAGGGAGUGCCGCGACGCCGCGGUGCCAACGGCAAGCGCCUGCCACGCAUCGCGAAAACCGCGAAGCCUGAGGAGGAGUUUUUGUCCCUGUCAGAGGCGCAGGUGGCGGUGGAGAAGUACCGGCAGCGCAGCCGGGCCGCGGAGGCCGCCAUCCAGGCCUCUGUGGAGAGGUUUGACCGGGGCAAACGGCUUCAGGAGCCGCUGCUGGACGACUUGAAGCAGCUGAAGAAGUUCGUUGCGUCAGCAGAUCGACACAGACCACACUUGCUUCUGGAGCGCCGGGUGGAGGUGGGCAUUCGCCACACCUUUCAAACCGCGAAGUCCAAGAAGGUCAAGCGCUGGGAUGAAGGGUCACAGCCGAGCUCCAAGUCCUCGUCCUCCUCUGCAACAGACAGUGCUAAGAUUUCGAAGAAAUCCAAGCCUGAAGCAAGCGAGACCGGGGGAAGUUUCACACAUGGGCCGUGGGAGGCUCCGCCGAGCACAAGCCCUUCUAAAGAGUGCCUGCCCCAUCCGAUCCAGAAACAGGCGGAAUCUCCAGAGCUGUCUCCAGAAGAGGCGGAGCAGCAGCUCUUUAGCCUGGCACAGGACAUCCAGACCAAGGAGAUGGCGCAGUCCCUUCGACUUCAAAGAAGCCCAGGAAUGCGCGAUACCACCAGCAGCAAUCAAGACUGGCUGGAGGCGGCGCGCUCGACCCGCUCUCGCUCCUGGGAGCACAUCGAGGAGGUGGAGGAGCAAGAGGCACCUCGGCACCGGGCGCGGCGAGCGCCCAGGUGCUUCCAGGGCCAGGUUCCCACACCUGCAGAGCAACGGGCAGCCGGCCGGCGCCACAUUGUCUUCUGGCACAGCAGCGUGUGGCCGAAGCUUCUUCGUGGCAAGAAAAGCUCCAGGGUCCUGCGGGAGGUCGCUCGCCGAGAUUGCUUCGAGGAUGAGGGCUCUCCUUCAUCGCAUGCCUUCAUCGUGGCAGCGAACAAGCAGGUGCAAGAUGACAAGGUCCGCACUCUGCGACUGAGCGGCUCCACACCCAGCAUUGGGUCCUCGGACUGCUCGUUUAGCAAUCAGAAGGGCAGCUUGGCCAGAUCCUGCUUGAAGCCUUGGCGAUCGCCUGUGGAAGCCUUGUUGGGAAAGAGCUUCAUCUAUCCCAACGGUCGGCGAGGCAGCGCCCGAGUUUCGGACAUGCUGGGCACCAGCACUGCAAACAAGACAGGCAGCAAGACGGAAAGGCUGCCGAUCCUUGCAACGCAGCAGGUGGAGGCCGAAGCCAGCUCCCAUGCUGCCUGGGAACAGAUCAAGCGCACUCACGGAUUCUCGGUGCUGUGCCAGAAGAGAUGAGCAGGAAUGUCAAUUUCUGGUACACUCGUACUGGCAAACUGACAUUCGACCGAGUGUAAAAAGACUCAUGGACCCCCAAAAAAGACAUUAUGCUCGAUGUUUUUG